AAUUGAGCCACUUUGUGACCUCAGAUGAAGCUAAUGCUAAUGUAGCUAGCGGCGGAUAAAGUUUAACACAACACUCCUUAGUUUCAUGUUUACGGGCCGAGGCGCGGAUAAACUUCUGUUUUUAGUGCCUUUUAUUUGUUUUAACUUAAUAUUUUUUCAUAACUCAGGGGUUGUAGACUACAAAGUGCACUUUAUCACGACUAAAAUCAAACCUUUUCUUUGGAAAACCUGAUGUUUUUGCCUAAAGUGUCCUUGAAACUACUUGAAAUGUAAAUGUCAUUUUAUACAUUUGAAUUAAGAGUCAAAUUAUUUAUUCAUAAAAAGCAGUUUGACAAAUAUUUUUUAUACAAUUUACAGAUAAAUACUAUAAAAGAAUAGAGUCUGGGCAGUGGAUUUGGUGCUCAGCAGGUGAAUAUAAAAGAGAUUCUGAUCAUUUAAACAGAGCAGGUUUAAUGCCAAAGGCCCAGAGUGUGUCGUGUGUGUGUGUCCUGUGUGUGUGUGUCCUGUGUGUGUGUGUCCUGUGUGUGUGUGUCCUGUGUGUGUGUCGAGUGUCGUCACAGCUCUGAACUCUGGAAUCAUUUUAUAAACUUUUUUAUUUUUUAUGACUUGAUAAAGAAUUUAAAGUGCACUUUUUAGUUCAAACCGCACCUCUCUGUAACAGAUCUUUUAUUUUUACUUUUAUUUACUCCUGAUAUACUGCGUUCUGCCUUAUGUUUGUGGUGGUUUGGUUCUGGUUUAGUCCUGGUUUAAACUCCGUCUUGUCCCUGGUUCAGACCCAGUUCAGGCCUGGUUUAGAACCGAUCUAGUCUUUGUUUUGUCCCGGUUCAGUCCUGGUUUAUUCCUCAGACAGACUCAGUUCCCUGAUUCAGAUCCACUUCAAACCUCAUUGAGACCCGGUUGAGACCUGGUCUAGUCUCUGUUUAGAUGGUGAUUUAAACCCUGGUUCAGACCCGGUUCAGUCCUGGGUCAGUCCCUGGUUUAGUCUUGGUUUAGUCUUGGUUUAGUCUUGGUUUAGUCCUCAGUCAGAGUCAGUUCAGUCCCAGGUUCAGAUCCGCCUCAAACCUCGUUCAUACCCAGUCUAGUCUCUGUUUAGACCCGGUUGAGACCCGGUUCAGCCUGGAUCAUGUCGUCGUCUCCUCACUCUCGCUCGCUCUGUUGCUGUCGCUCCCUGUCGGCCUCGGGGGGGCGCUGUACUGCUCCCCCUUCAGAGCGCUGCCCCCUGGUGGACGUCGCCUCCGCCUCAAACCACGCCCACUUCCACCUGCGUCACCUGCACCUGGACCUGCAGAUAAACUUUGCGGUGAAGGAGAUGAGCGGCUGGUUGGUUCUGGACUUGUCUCCUCUGCGCUCCGGGGUCCAGACUCUGGUUCUGGACUCUCACCCGUCGGUCCUGGUCCGGUCCGUGGACCUGAAGGACCCGGAGCGAGCCCAGGACCCGCCUCAGUCCCUGGUCUUCACGUCGGAGGGUUUUUCGGAGUUUGGGUCGGCGCUGAAGGUGGUUCUGCCCGAGCUCAGAGCCGGGAGAGAAGUCCAGGUCACGAUCCGGUACAGCACCACGGACGGACCGGCCGUGUGGUGGUUGGACCCGGAGCUCACCUGUGGACAGACUCGCCCCCUGGUGUUCACUCAGGGUCACUGCGUGUGUAAUCGCUCCUUCUUCCCCUGCUUCGACACACCGGCCGUGAAGAGCCCCUACAGCGCCACCAUCAGGGUUCCGGACGGGUUCACGGUUCUCAUGAGCGCGUCUCGGAGUUCGUUCUGUCGAGAGGAGCGAGUGUUCCAGUUCUGGAUGGACGAGCCGGUGCCGUCGUACCUCGUGGCUCUGGUCUGCGGAGAACUUCAACACCACGACCUGGGGCCCCGGAGCAGAGUGUGGGCGGAGCCGUGUCUGUUGUCGUGUGCGGUGCAGAAGCUCGGGGGCAGUGUGGAGCGGUGGCUCAGUGUGGCCGAGCGUCUGUUCGGGCCGUACCUGUGGGGCAGAUGUGACGUGGUCUUCCUCCCUCCCUCCUUUCCGAUCGUCGCCAUGGAGAACCCGUGUCUGACCUUCAUCAUCUCGUCCAUCCUGGAGAGCUCCGAGUUCCUCCUCAUCGACGUGAUCCACGAGAUCGCCCACGGCUGGUUCGGGAACGCCGUCACCAACGCCACGUGGGAGGAGAUGUGGCUGAGCGAAGGACUCGCCACGUACGCCCAGAGACGCAUCACCACCGAGGCCUACGGUGAGGCGUUCACGUGUCUGGAGACGGUGGUUCGUUUGGACGCUCUGCACAGACAACUGCGUCUGCUCGGAGACAACAGCCCCGUGAGCAAACUGCACGUCCCCCUGGAGCCCGGGGUGAACCCGAGCUCCCUGAUGAAUCUGUUCACGUACGAGAAAGGAUUCUGUUUUGUGUCGUAUCUGUGUGAGCUGAGCGGAGACAGAGAACGCUUCGACGCCUUCCUCAGGGAGUACAUUUGUGAGUUUAAGUUUAAGAGCGUCGUGGCUCAGGACCUGAUCGUCUGUUUCCUGCAGCAUUUCCCCGAGCUGCAGAGCGCCCCCUCCAGGACAGGUCUGGAGUUCGAGCGGUGGCUGACGGCGUGCGGCGCUCCUCUCUUUGAGCCGGACCUGUCUGUAGGGGGCGCUCUCACUCAGCCCGUGUACGACCUGCUGCGUCUGUGGAGCGACCCGGCCCGACCCCCCGACCCCCACAGCCUCGCCCCCUUCGACCUCUCCUCCUGGAGCACCUUCCAGAUCGUCCUGUUCCUCGACCGCCUGCUCGACCUCGCCCCCCUCACACACGAGCUGAUGUCCCGCCUCUCGUCGUGUUACUCCGCCCUCUUCGCCGCGCUGAACGCCGAGGUGCAGAUCCGGUGGCUGCAGCUGGUCGUCCGGAGCCUGUUCUACCCCGAGCUGCCCCGAGUCCGAGACUUCCUCCACAAACACACGUCCAGGAUGUACACGGUGCCGCUGUACGAGGACAUGGCGUCCGGCGUCAUGAGGAGCAACGCCGCCGAGUACUUCAGCCAAUCACAGCGCAGACUCCACCCCAACCUGAGGAGGAGCCUGCAGGCGCUGCUCCUGCCCAAUCAGAGCGCGGCGGCGGCGGGCGGCGGGGAGGCCAAUCAGAGCACGGCAGCAGGCGGCGAGGAGGCCAAUCACAACAGCCCGCUCGCCGUCCGUCAAAACUCUGAGGAGACGAAUCAAAAUGGAGGAAGUUUGGUGAUUCAAAAUGGAGGACAGACCAAUCAAAACGUUUGGACACAAAAUGGAGGCCAGGCGAAAGUGAACGGCGCCGCGCCCAAUCAGAAUGCAGAGACUCCAAACAGAACGGCCAAUCACAGAGCGGCAGCGUGUCACUCGCCGGAGGCCAGGACCAAUCAGGGCGCGGCAUUUUUCACACAGACAGACACCGAGCUGUCCAAUCAGAUCGCUGCAAACGCUUCAUCUUCUCAGGGGACCAAUCAGAACGUAGCGCAGACACAGACAGCCAAUCACAGUGCGGCGCCGUCCCAGAUGCCCCGCCCCUCGUCGCCAUUCGUACACUGGAGUCAGAAACAGAGCGUCACCCUCACGGAACUUUAG